AUGAAUGGCAUGAAAAAGGAAGGAAGAGGAAAGAGUAAGCUUGAAUGCAAGGAAGGGAAUAAGAAACGUUUGAAGGGGGAAGAUAUCCCAAGAAGUUGCAAGGAGAAGAAAGAAAGCUCUAAGGGAAAAAAAGAAAAGGAUGAGAUAUCGAGGGAAAAGAAGAAGAAUAUUGAAGCCAUUAAAUUUGAUGAGGCCACAUGUUCUCUUGUUAUAAAGGGAAGUCUGACUUUGAAGGACAUAAAAGAAGCAUUCAAAAACUUCAAGUCAAUAGAAAACGGAAAAGGCCAUUUUAUCUUGAAGUAUCCUAGCAAAGAACAUGCACUUGUAGACAUGAAAGCAAACAGAAAGCAAGGGAAGGAAAAGAAAGAAAGCAGCGGAAGAUAUCUGGACAACAAAUACAUACUCACCAACCUCUCUUAUAAAGAAAAUGAAGAGUCUAUUUCAAAAGUGUUUGAAAAAUACGGAGAGAUAGAGAGAAUAAGAAUAAAAAAGAACAAGGAUAACAUAUCUACGGGUAAAGCGAUUAUAACCUUCAAGAAAAAAGCUGUGAUCAAAGAGGAAAUUGUAAUGAACAACAAGCCUGUUUAUAUAGAGAGGAUGAAGAAGCCUUGGGAAAACAAGACAAGAUUCUUUUUAGGAAAGUUGAACAAGGCCCAUUCGAUUGUCGAAAUAAGGAAAAUACUUGCAGACGUCGAAUGUAAGCCGAAGGAGAUAAGAGUGAUAUACGGAGAAAACAAAAGAAAUAGGGGAUAUGGAUUUAUAGAAUAUGCCAAUGAAGAAGAUGCAAAUGCAUUUACAGAGAAGUUUGAAGAGAUUAAGGACCGGUUGGGGGCUGGAUGUUACUACGAGUAUUCGAAUGAAAAGGCUUCUUCCCGAAGGAGAUAG